AUGGCUACCAUUGGUAUGACUAGCACUGCUAGCCGUAAGUUCAACUGGGCUGAUGAUGACGAAGACGACUUCGACCUCGACACCUGGAAGGCGUCUGCAGACACUUCUGCGCCCAAGGCCGAGGAAAUGGGCCCGCUACACUUUUCCGACUCCUCGUCCGACCUCUCCUCUUCUGACUUCUCCUCUUCCGACGACGACGAAACUGACAACGAAGAAGAACAAGAGAAAGUUGAGAUGCCCCAAUCCACAUUGUACUCCCGUUUCCCUAUCCUCUUCUAUGACCUUCCCACCCAACUCGCCCACGCACACUCCAAACUCGUGUGCAACGCAGUGGGCCCGUAUAUGGAUGGCAAAGAAGACUGUGAUCCACCUGCAUAUCCCGAACUCAACUACGACCACACGUGCAAGCGCCGCUACAGCUAUGCACACGAAUUCCAAGAGGAGCGGUUGUUGUGGCAUCGCGAUCUGGCAACUGUAUACCGUGAGUCGCACCUUGUCAUCGCCACUCACAUUGACGAUGCUGAAACCAUUGAUGAGUCUGUCUCCAUGAAGAUUAAGUCUCACAAUGGAGAAGAACUGGAUGAGUGGGAAACUAUUCAGAUCCAGAUGUUCGAGGCGGAAGAGGAAAAGGAGGAGAAGGAUGUGCAGAUCAAGGUGCAGCGCAUGAUGGAUGAGCAGACAAAGGAUCCGGAUAGCGUCUUUCGAGGUCGCUCCAAGGAAGACCUUGAAGAGUUCUACAGGGGCUGGAAAGCUCAACAGGCUAAGCUGACGAAGCAGGCUGUGGAUGACGAAGCAGACGAGGAUAACUCGGAUGACUCCUCAGUCCAAUCGUGGGAGAAUAGCGAUGAGGAAAACGACCUAUCCGAAACAAUCCUUGCUGUGGAAGAAGAUAGCUACCACCAUUCCUACACUACGACCCCAAGUAACUUGGACGAGGAAAAAGAGAACAUCCUCUCCAUCACCCCCCCAAUGAGUCGCGUGGGAAGCAUCACCACCUCCACCUAUACCGAUGACAACGAAGAUGAUGUGGAACUCAACUUCAAUGAGGUCAUCUUUGGCACCGAAGACGAACCUGUUCACGAAGAUGAGCUAAUUGCCGAGGAUGCAGCAUCCUGCCACUCUUCUGAUUCGGCCAACUCUUGGACUACAGAUGAGGGCUACUCUUCGCCUGGAAACCACGACCUCACCUCCGGAAACACUGCUUCGAAGGUAGAGUCAUUCAUGGCCAUCUUCCAGCCCCGUUUCAGUGAUUCCUCGGCCCGGCGCAAGACACAAGCGUGUAGCGGUUCUAUGAACGCCAUCCGUGUCUUUAAGGACACGGUACAGAACAGUGAUGUAGUCGAGGAGGCUUUCAAGUCCGACUCCGAGUCCGAAGAGAACGAGGUCGAAGCCGCUACCUCACCGGCACGACAGCCUCUUGCUGCCAAAGAUGCCAUGGUUCCAAACACCACCUCUGAGUCGUCCUCUUCUCCACCUGCAGAUGAAGGCAAAGCGAGAGAAGUACAAGACACCACAUUCCACACCUUGAGAGGUGUCCCCGCUGUCGACUUUAGCUUGCCGGACAUUGUCUUCACCACCACUGAAGGGCCACAUGAAGCCCUAUUCACUCUUCCAUCAUCAUCCUCGCUGCCGACACACCACAUCGGCACCCCAAGCAGCAUUAAGAGCACCUCUUCACCGCCUACCGAAACCACCCCACUGCUGUCGUCCCCUCAGCCCUCUUCAAUAUCAUCAUCCUCAUCAUCUUCCAAGAUACUACCCUACAUCAUGGGUGCACUCUCUACCGCCUCACUCUUCAUCUCCAAAAUCCCCUGGUUAAAGAUUGCCCUCUCAGCUGCUGGCUUCCUUCUUGGUGUAGCACAGGGUGCGGCAUCAUUAGUGCGCCGGUAG